AUGUUGAAUUCAUCAAACGAUAGCGAAAAUGAGAUAACGAUAAUAAAUACUGACGAACAAAAAUCCAAAGACAACAAACUAAUCGAUCAACUCAUAAUACUUUACUAUCAACAAACCCUAAUAGACUGGGACUCGACUGUACAAUCCACAAUCGAAGAUUGGAUUUUUAAAAACAAACAUAAUCUCGAGCACAUCAUCAACCUUCUAGAACAACGAAAGGAAACAUCUAUCGAGUGUGCAUGUCUACUUGGAUUUUUUCAUCACUACGGCAUUGGAUUUGAAACUUACAACUUAGAGGAAGCAUUUCAAUUAUAUAAACAUGCAGCUGAUAAAGACGAUAGUUUUGCAAAUAUACAAAUUGGUGAGCUUUAUCAAAUCACAAAGACAAACCACGUGAAAGCUAAAGAAGCGUAUAAACGAGCUGCAUUGCUAGGACAUCCGCAAGGGGCGUUUAAAUAUGCAUUGUUUUUGUAUAAUUGUAAGGAGAAAAUUUAUUGGGUUCAAGCAUCGGCCGAAAAGGGAUUCGAAGCAGCACAGCGAGAUAUGGCGGGUCAUUGUCAUUAUGGAUAUGGCGUAUUAAAAGAUGAUCAUCGUGCUUUAAGUUGGCUCUUAAAAUAUUCAAAGAACAAUCCUCGGGCAAGCUCGGAUGAAUUGAUGUCUCUUUAUUUUUAUUAUUAUUAA